AUGACCCAGACACCCUCCUUCGACAAGCCCAAAGUAGAACUGCAUGUCCACUUGGAUGGGUCGUUUAAGCUCGAAACGAUCUUAUACUAUGGCAGGAAGAGAGGGAUCCCCCUCCCUGCUAACACAGUUGAGGAGCUGAAGGACAUCAUUGGCAUGGACAAGCCACUCACCCUCCCGUGCUUCCUGGCCAAGUUCAACUACUACAUGCCUGUCAUCGCGGGCUGCCGGGAGGCCAUCAAAAGGGUCGCCUAUGAGUUCGUUGAGAUGAAAGCCAAGGAGGGCGCGGUGUACGUGGAGGUGCGUUACAGCCCGCACCUGCUGGCCAACGACAAAGUGGAGCCGAUCCCCUGGAACCAGGCGAAAGGGGACAUCAGCCCAGACGAGGUGGUGCACCUAGUGAGCCAGGGCCUGCAGGAGGGAGAGCGAGACUUCAAGGUGAAGGUGCGGUCCAUCCUCUGCUGCAUGCGCCAUGAGCCCAACUGGUCCCCCGAGGUGGUGGAGCUGUGUAAGAAGUACAGGCAUCAGACCGUGGUGGGCAUCGAUCUGGCUGGGGACGAGACCAUCGUGGGGAGCAGCCUCUUCCCUGGACACCUGAAGGCGUAUGAGGAGGCUGUGAAGAACGGCAUUCACCGCACAGUCCACGCCGGGGAGGUUGGCUCCGCAGAGGUGGUGAAAGAGGCUGUGGACAGGCUCCAUACGGAGCGGGUGGGACAUGGCUACCACACCGUGGAGGACGAGGCCCUGUACAAGAGGCUGCUGGAGACGGACAUGCACUUUGAGGUCUGCCCCUGGUCCAGCUACCUCACGGGCGCCUGGAACCCGGACACGGAGCAUGCAGUCGUUCGAUUCAAGAGGGACAAGGCUAACUACUCACUAAACACGGAUGACCCGCUCAUCUUCAAGUCCACCCUGGAAACUGAUUACAAGAUGACCAAAGAGAAGAUGGGCUUUACCGAAGAGGAGUUUAAGAGAUUGAAUAUCAAUGCGGCCAAGUCCAGUUUCCUCCCAGAAGGUGAAAAGAAGGAGCUACUGAAUCUGCUCUAUAAAGCCUAUGGGAUGCCACCUGCAGAGCAUCAACCGUGA